AUGGAACAUCCAGGUCCCAGUCUCAAUCAGGCGCUCCGGGCACCCAGACUACAAGAGGAGUUGCAGAAAGCACAGCAAGCCCUCUGCAUAGAUCUUGACGAUUUCCGUCAGCUGGAGCCUGCAUGGGUCACAAGGAGUCUUGAAGAGUCCAAGCAGGAGCCUGAGAAGCGCUCGCUCAUAGCAACGGCCAUCUUCUUAGGCACUGCGCAGGCAUGCCUAAAGGGCUCUUACGUCUCCGAAUCUGGUCAGGAGGUAGACUGUGGACACCUGGUAAGACCGAUCUCAUGCGUCCAUCCUCCAUCGAGCAUGCCAUCGGUCAGCUUGAUGAAGGCUUCGAACCAGAAGCAGCAGAUUUUCUGCUCCAGUUGCUCUGAUCCGCUGGAUGUGGCGUUGCAGCUCGCGAGAUUGCCCCAGUGCCGGCGGGUAGCAAUCUUGAGGUGUACACCGCUGGAAGCUCCUCGGAACCUGCAGCGGAGAUACAACCAUAUCUACGAGGAUCAAAUCUUCCUGCGAACAACCUACUUUGAAGCUUUCGAGCGGUUGGCGCGAGACAUCUCCGUUUCGCCAGAUACAGCCAUCAAGGAGGGCAGCAUUGUGUACACUUCUGGGGUCGGUGUUCUGCGUGGUCCGCUGAAAGAUGGAGUGCCAUGGGUCGACCAACCUCCCCAAGUGGACGUCGCAUGGUUCGGAUUGCCUGCUCAUCCGGAGAUCGGAGAGCAGGAAAUCUACGCUCAGCAAGCGGAUCGCGAUGUGGUGUCUGCGGCUUUGGAUCGGGCAUUUUCAUGGGCUUGUGCCCACGGCGCAGACGCCAUUGUCCUGCCUGCUAUGUGUGGUGUGGGUGGGUUCCGACACCCAAGGCUUCACUUCGGCGGGCUGGUGCAUGAGGUUGCUCGCCUGCAUCAGCGCCACCUCCCCGUUGUUUGCGUGGCAUCGGACAAUCCAGUUCACCGAGGGGUCGAGUGGUGGAAUCCUUUCGAAGAGGCUGUGACAAAAGGGCGUCCAGUCCCUCCGCCCCUUGUGCACGUUCCGGCCAUCCCCCUGAUGACCGACCGCCUUGUUGGAAAGGACAGCUCGACUUUGUUGGAAAAACGCCGCAAGCAACUGGGUGUGUGGUCCACACAAGGCCGCACAUUUCGCAACGCUUUCGUCUGA